ACCUAUAUAAUGCAUACUACUAUUCCAUCAAUCUACCAUUACCAAGGACCCUAGAUAUAUAGUUGAAUUGAAUCCUAUAAAAACACACACAUAAACGCAACUUUCACAGCUUAAUUGAUUGAUUUUGAUUUUGCAUACCUUGUUGAAAAUUAUUGGUUCUGUUAUGGAUUUUGAGAAUCAAAGUGAUAAGUCAUGGAGCAAGGUUCUUCUUUCAAGAAGAUCCUCAAUUGGAUGCUCCUCUCGCAUCUCUUAUUAUAGGAGCAGUGGAGAAGGGGUUCCUUUUCAAUGGGAAAUGCAACCAGGGAUUGCAAAAGAACCACACAUAGAAGUGAUUCCUCCACUCACUCCUCCACCUGCAAUUCUCAGCAGGGGAUUUCCCAAGCCAUGUGUUUUGGAUCCUGAACCUUCAACAAGGACUUCAAGGCUGAAGUUUUGGAAGAAAAAGGUGAAAAUUGGAAAAAGCAAGAAGCCCCACCAAGAUGAUUGUUCCAAUGAAGAUUUUGAUGUGUUUUCAAGAUUAGAUUACAGCUCUGAUUCUGAAUCCAUGGUGUCGCCGCGUGGUUCAAGUUUUUCAUCUUCUUCUUCAUCAGUGUCGUUUGUGAAGAGUCGUCCUUCUUUUCAAUCAACUUGCUCAGAGACAGAGAGUUCUAUCUAUGGAAGAAGGUCCAUGAACAACUUAGGUUGCUUCCCCAUGCAUUUUAGCAGAAUUCUGGUUUCCAUUGCAAGACGAGAUUGAAAUAAGAUUAGACAUGUUGUGGAGUUAGUUCUGUUCUGUUUUUUACGUUUUGCAUUAGGAUUGAUGAUGUUCGCACACACUUCCACUCACAUUAUUCUUUGUAGACUGUAAAACAUUUAUUAUCUAUGCAUAAUUGGUGUAAUCAAACAUUCUGUUAUCUUUAACUCUUCAACUGAUGUGAAUGUGUCUGAUCGCAAAGCAUGUAAAAAAAAUUAGCUUACUCUGAUUAAGAAUAUGAUAGGACUAAAUUGUUAGGUAAAGGACUUGAGUCCCACAUUGGAAAUAUGAAAUCCAAAUGAGACGUUUAUAUAGCCUUGUACUCUACAUAAAGAAUGCCUAGCAAAUGUGGUAUGAUCUUCCUAUGGGUGUUACAGUCGAUGUGCAAGGGGUUGAAUAUAGUCUUACCGGGUCUGUAUCAACUACAGAUGCUAGGUUUUGUCGGCUAAUGAUACAUAUUCUAUUUUUUAGUUUU